AUGCCGUCUCCUCCUUCAGCAAAUUAUGAUCUCCGAGGUAGAGCUGCCCGGCCAAGAGUUCCUCGGUCAGUAUCUACCUUGACGCCAGCUCAGUUGGAUAGAAAACGAGCCCAGGAUCGCCUCUCUCAGAGAGCCACGAGGGCAAGAACUCGUGACCAUAUAUCUCGACUUGAGCGCGAAAUCCACCAACUGCGAGUUACCAUGGCUGCCGAGUCUAGCGGCUUUGAUACCAGGAUUCUAGAAGAGCUACACCUUCGAAACCAGGCUCUCGCCGAGGAAGUCGCUCGCCUUCAGCAACUCGCUGCCACUGAGCCGGCACCGGCUUACAGGUAUGUACCCGUGGAACAAGAACCAGAUCCAACACAGGCGCUUCAGUCUCCUCCCGCUGAGUGGCUUGGUAUACAGAUUCCAUCGCAGUCGCACUCACAGCUGCAUACGGAACUACACUCGCCUGGAGCUUGUGCCUGUCGCGCCUUGGACUAUGCGCUUCCCACGGAACACUCGGCAGAGCCCGAAGCGCCACGGCAAGGCAACCACAUGGAUCCCAUAGCAGUGGAAAGGCAGCCGGGAUGGAUAGCCUCAGAAUCAUGGACCAAUGACAUGUUGAGUUUUGGCGUAGACAGUGGCAGUACGGCGUCACAGACCUCGCAACACCAUCGAGGCUCUGACGAUGUUGAUGUACAGCAGCAGCCGGCGUCGUGGCAUGCACCCACAUGUCAGGGACACUGUAAUGGGCAGCCAGGUGGUGAUUUUCUCUCUCCGGAUGAGCUGGAGCACGUUGGCUUGGGAUUAAGUUGGGAAGGUGUCUGA